AUGACCGUCUAUCAGGUCCCCCACAGGAUAGCUCCCACAGAGAAAGGGGGAGAGAAAAAGGGACAUUCUGCCAUCAAUGAGGUGUUAACCAGAGAGUAUACCUUCAACAUUCAUAAGAGGCUUCAUGGAGUAGGCUUUGAAAAGCAAGCUCCUAGGGCUCUAAAGGAAAUCCGCAAAUUUGCCAUGAAAGAAAUGGGAACUCCAGAUAAUAAGCUUGCCAGGAAUAAAGAGGCUUUUGGGAAGUAUGGGUGGUCUGCUGAUGUAGAAGAUACCACCAGAAGUGGAGCUACAGAUAGCAAAGAUGAUGACAACAUUGAUCUCUUUGGGUCUGAUGAGGAGGAGGAAAGUGAAGAAGCAAAGAAACUAGAACUCCUUGCUCAGUAUGAAUCAAAGAAACCAAAAAAAUCUGUAGUUGUUGCCAAGUCUUCCAUUUUACUGGAUGUAAAACCUUGGGAUAAUGAGACAGAUAUGGCAAAACUGGAGGAAUGUGUCAGAAGCAUUCAGACAGAUGGCUUGGUCUGGGGAUCUUCUAAACUAGGUCUAGUGGGAUACGAUAUCAAGAAACUUCAGAUACAAUGUGUAGCUGAAGAUGAUAAAGUUGGGACAGAUAUGCUGGAAGAACGGAUAACUGCCUUUGAAGACUAUGUGCAAUCCAUGGAUGUUGCUGCCUUCAAUAAUAUCUAA